GGGGUUCAGAAUAGUUGGACUGUCCAGUUCUUGUACACCAACAUAUGAAAUUUAAGUGAAAGACAUCGAAGGUGUUCAACCAGUGUUGUUUGUGAGUUCAGUUGUGCAGCGGACAUGACCACGGCCACCAUGGGGCCAUUCGUUGCAUUUGCUGUGAUUAUCGUCGUAUCAGGUGGCGUCGCCGGCGCUCCCUAUUUGGGUAAAUUCAUCGGGAAACUUUCCGAAUUACAUCACGGCGUCUCCGGUGAAGUUUACGCGGUUGAUGGCCGAACUUUAUACCUGAAAGAUUUCACUUAUGAUGGCCAAGGCCCAGCGGCGUAUUUCUACGCCAGCACGUCGAAGAACGCCAACAGCGCCGGAUUCCGAUUAAGGGACGAAAAUGGAAGUCCUGAAGUGAUCAGGAGGUACAGGAAGGAAGGAGUCACUCUCACGUUACCCGAGGGCAAGACCCUUAACAACAUCAAGAUUUUCUACGUGUGGUGCGAGGAAUUUGAGGUGAACUUCGGCGAUGUUAAAAUCCCUCGCAACUUCGACUACCCUAAGCCCCAGAAAAUCGAGCCUUUGAAGGGAGUUCAUGCCAUUUCUUCGGACCCCAUCGUCAUCGUCGACGCCCAGACGUUGCUCGUGCCGAAUUUGUCGUACGACGGAGAAGCACCAGAUGCGAAAUUCUGGGUGGGGCGAGGCCCGAAGCCCUCCCCUCAGGGCAUACGCGUCCCUGAUGAGAACGGUAAAAUGGAGCCCCUUCGUCGCUACGACCGCAAAACGGUAGUCCUCACCCUUCCUGGAGACUUGACUGUUUUCGAUAUCGGCCACUUUGGCAUUUGGUGUGAAGCCUUCACUGUCGAUUUCGGCCAUGUGCAAAUCCCUCAAAACGUCAACGUUCCCCCUUCGCUGAAAAUGCUCGGAGUGAGCCCACAGUCGAAGCUGAACUGCGAAGUUUUGUACGAUGACCUGGCAUUUGAGGUGCGAUGGGCGGUCGCCGGAGACAGCAUUGUUUUGCAACUAGUUGCUAAAUUAGACGAUAGAGAAUACAUGUCUUUUGGAAUCUCCGGCGAUGAUUCCCGAAGCGAAAUGAUCGGCGGAGAUGUCGUCGUGGCUUGGGUCGACAAAGAAACCUCGAAAGGAUUUGCUGAAGAUUACCACCUGGCCGCCAAAUCGCAGUGUUCCGGACCCACUGGAUCUUGUCCGGAUAACCGGUUGCAAGAAAACACUAACAAUGUCCGGUUACUCAACGCUGCAAUGGUCAAUGGUUACUCCAUAGUGACCUACCAAAGACCCCUCAAACCCUCGGAUGAGUACGACAGACAGAUCCACACGAACCGAUCGCAAGCCAUAAUUUGGGCUAUUGGUCCUCUUAAUCAAAGAAACGAGGUGUCUUUCCACAGCCACUACACCAAAGGUGAUCAGUUCCUGGAUUUCGGACGCCCGGCUAAAUGGAACUGUCCCAUGCCGGAAGGCGAGCAACCAUCCAUGAAAUCCACGACUACAGCACCUUCGAGAUCACGUAAUGCGGAAAAAAGACGUGGAAGUACUAACAACAGGAAGGAAGUCGCUGAUAACGAAAGAAGUGCUUCCCGAACAAGACCAACUGAACGUCGACGAGGAAAUACCAAACCUGUUCCAACUCCGGCUCCAGUCGCAAAAAGAGACGCUUGGGAGAUUCCACCAAUCAAAUGUUACGAACCGGAAGAUGGAGUUUUCUAUGCACAGAUGGGCCCCACUGGGGGCAAAAGGGGAUACCCCGCGAUUACGGGUCAUGUCGGUUGGGGUAUUUCGUGGUACAUUAACGGACUUUUAAUCCCGGAAAUCAAUGUCGUACGAGGGAAAACGUAUACUUUCGUCGUGGAAGGAGGUUUCGACUCUGAGGUUGCGGCCAAAUAUCACCCCUUCUACAUAACCGAUGAUCCUGUAGGAGGUUACGAGUACAAAACCCCUGAAGAGAAGAAAAAUGUCAGGAUUUUCGCCGGUGCUGUAGCCGCAAAAGAUGGAAGUGUUAAACCGACUGGAACUGGAAGACUUUGUCACUGGACUCAGCAAGGGGACUUGGAAGCUGAUGAUUUUGAAUCAUUUGGGGCCUAUCAAAGAACGCUCGAAUUGAAAUGUGACCAAGGCGAGCCUGGAGUUAUCCAGUGGACUCCCGAUAAAGACACUCCAGAUACAGUCUAUUAUCAGUGUUUCACUCAUCGUUAUUUGGGGUGGAAGAUAAACGUACAUGAUAAAUGCGACGAGCAACCUGCAGCUAGUGAACCCGAAGCUGCCAUAGCUCCUGCACCGGCCGACCUUGAACAAAGCCCCUCAAUCCGGACCGAAUCAAUGGUAAAACCAAAUGCAUUAAUUGUUGAAGAUACAGAAGAUAAGAGUAAUACAACAGUUUCAGAAAUAACCACCGUCUCUUCCGUAACAAAUGAUCCCAUCUUGAUCCAAACUCCCAUCUACAUGACGCCCGUGUUUUCCACAUUUACUCCCUAUUUAUUCGAUACUCCCGUCUUCUACACUCCAUAUCAACAAACUUUCAAACCUAGCCCUCUUUUAGAACCUAUUGGGGAGGAUUUCAGGCUUAAAUCUAUAUCUUCAGAAGCACCAAAAGAAACUACUCUUCCGCUUUCCACUUCCACUUUUACUACAACUCGAGCUACUCCUACAAUCAGUGAAAAAAUCAUUGUUGCCACCACUUCUGACAUUAAGCCAAAAAACCAAAGUUUUCUUGUUCCUCCUAAGUUGGUAUUUCAAAAUAAUUUUUUAAUGCGCAAACCGGCAAGACCAAAACGACCGUAUUAUCCGAUCGUACGUGUCAAAAAACCGAUUUAUAGACCACAAAUUAUGACACUUCAAAGGCCACCCCCUUUGAUAGAUCCACUUCGGUUCUCAGAAUCGCAAAUCAGGUAUCGGCGACCGACAUUCAUACUUGCAAAACCAAAACCCGUAUUUGUGUCAACACCACCAAGUGUUACAGUCAAAAACGUCGAAAUUUCACCUCAACAAGCCUCAACUGACAAAGAACCACAAACCACUUCGUCACCACUCGAAACAAUCAAACCGGCCGAAGAAAAUUACACUAACCGUCUAAAACCGGCAUUAAACACCGGCUUUCGGCCCGAAUCAGUGGUAAUUGAAGGCGGCUUCAAGCCAAUCAUCACCAAAACAAUCCAAAAACGAAUCGAUGAACCUGAACUUGAUUACGACAGCGAAAUUGGAGUCAUAAAACGCGAAAAACCGCGCCAAUCGCCACAACACUUUGAACCAGUGUUUGUUCCAUCGCCCCUCGACAAAGUCAAACUUAAACGACCCUACGUAAAGAAAGUUAUCGUCAAACACUCGCGAAGUAUUCAUGAUGAAGAACCGGUCGCUGAAGCUGCUGAAAGAGUCGAGUCUUACUAUUUGCCACCUCUUGGGAAACCACCCCAAAUUAGCGAAAGUCGUCAACCGUCAAAUAUAGAUCUUGAAGAGCCGUCAAAAAUAGAUCUGGGGUCGCCACCGGACGUGGUUGUGACGUACGACGGUAAGAGAGUUUCCGGUGCAAGUCUAACGGCGAAAAUCGCCGACCGAUCCAGUAUUCUAGACAUGAGGGCGUCUAAAGCCGCGGAACUUAUCAAAGCUCGACCGCAAUUUGUACCUUUCAAAGGUGAAUUACCACCUCUUAAUCCCGCAGUUAUCAACAAAAACGCUCCGCAGUUACAAUCACGAGGGCUAAUCAACAGAGAUUUAGAUACGCCGCCGCGUGGUUCUACCAAACUGAGCCCGAUUAGACAUCAAAGAGGGGUGUAAGCCGCUUAUUUUCGUGGUUAUCUAAUACAUUUUUUUUUUAUUUUAAAUGAUUGUUAAAUAGUUUAGUAAGUUCUUGUCUCGUUAUUGUGUGUAAAUAAAAACAAUUUGUAGUUGUUUCAUGUGAUUAUAUAUUUUUAUACACUAAACACUUAUUAAUA